AAGGUAUUAACUCCACUACACUUCUCUCUCUGCAAUUACUCUUUGAGAGCUUCUUUCUCUAGAAUAUCGAGUAUUGCUAACUUGAGUGUCGGAGUAUUUUCCCUGAGAAAACAUCUUUGGGAUUUUCAGGUGUUGAAGUAGUUGAAGAUAUCUAUAAUGUAGAAUUGUGAAGCUGCCCAAACAUUUGGCGUCAUCUGUGGGAACUGAACAAAAAGUGUUGUAGUUUAACUAGGUUGAGCUAAAAAAUGGUACGUACCUUUAUAGGGAACCACCCCCCAAGAGAUAACAUGAACGACCAGGACAAUACUCAACCUUUGGAAAGUGAUCCCAAUGACUUCCGACCAAUGCCGAGAAACCUUUUUGUGGGAAAAGCAGAACAAGAACAAUCAAAUAGUUCAGACGAUGAACGAACACUUACUGGGGGUGAGCAACUGGCAACAGUAGUUGCAACCCGCAACUCCCCGGCCUUGAGCAAUGUGAUGGUUCCAACUAGGCCAAGAGGAAGUGGAAAAUUAAAUCCAGAACCCAGCUCGUCCAAGCAUAAUGAAGAGUUGCUAAGGAAGAAUGCUGAUCUCGAAAGACAGCUCAAAGAUGUACAGAGGUUUAUUGACGAGCUGAAAUGUCUGAGGUCGCGUCAACAAGCUCUCGAUUUGGAUAGUGCCCCUUUCAACCUAUCAAUUACGGCAGAACCAUAUCAAGAGGGAUUCAAGAUUCCUCACUUAGAGAUUCCAGCUGAUUAUAAGCGGCUAGAGGGAGAACUAGACAUUAUGAUACCUCACGCUGACCCUUUCGUGGCGACAAUUCACAUUGGCAAUCACAACGUCAAUAAGGUCUUCAUAGAUACGAGCAGUUCUCCAAACAUCCUAUAUUGGAGCUGCUUUCAAAAGAUGCAGCUAAACCCAGCUUCCUUGAAGAAGUAUGAAGGGCCAAUCUAUGGAUUCGACAAUCAGCCCGUCCCUAUUGAGGGAGUAAUCACACUUCCCAUAUACGUGGGUGCUAAACCAUGGUUUAGGAUGGCCUCAAUGAAUUUUCUAGUGUUCCCAACUCCUCAGGGUGUAGGAGUGCUCAAAGGGAACCAGAAAAUGGUCAGAAUCUACUACCAGGACACAUUUAAGAAGGUCAAACUCGUAAUAGCACCCAAGACCAGUGUUUCAAACAUUUCCAGGAUAUCAUCAAUUCAGCUGUGGUUGGACGACCAAGAGAAAAUGGCAUUUUAUGUGGGGGAUGCAAUCUACUAUUAUGUCAUGAUACUGUUUGGUUUGAAGAAUGCUAGCGCACCAUAUCAAAAGUUAGUUCAGGUUGUCUUUAAGUUUCAGAUCGACAGGAAUAUUGAAAUGAAGUUAAAUUUGUUGAAAUGUACAUUUGCUGUAGAAUUGGGUAAAUUCCUGAGGUAUGUGGUAUCCAAGAAGGAGAUUGAGGUGAACCCAGACAAGGUUGGGGCUGUGCAGCAAAUGGAACCCCUUAAAACAAUAAAAGAUGUACAACGUCUAACAGGUCUGCUCGCUGCUCUACACAGAUUCAUUGCUAGGGCGGCACAUUUCACUCUAGUUAACGAUCAGUUAUACGAACGAGCAACUUCAAUGCCCCUGUUACGUUGCCUCACUCCUUAUAAAGCUGAAUAUGUUAUAAGGGAAGUUCAUGAAGGACCCUUCGCUCAAUGGGGAGUUGAUCUGCUCGGUCCUUUUACAAAGGGCAAGGAAGGUGGCACACACUUCAUUGUUGCUGUGAAUUACUUCACUAAGUGGAUAGAAGCCAAACCGCUGUCCACAAUGAUCGAGAGGAAAAUAAAGGAAUUUUUGUUCAAUUCCAUACUAUGCAGGUUAUUCUGUGAUGAUUAUAACAUUGAGCUGACUCUCACUUCUGUAUACACUCCGCAGUCAAACGGACAAGCAAAAUCAACCAAUAAAAUCAUUUUGCAUGGCCUUAAGACAUGUGUCCUAGCAGCGCACUCUAAUUGGGUUGACAAGCUCAACAAAGUGUUAUGGUCAUGCCGCACUACGCCCAGCUCGGCCACUGGCGAAACCCCAUUUUGCCUUGCCUAUAGAGCUGAGGUUAUAAUCCCAGUGCAAAUCGACUUGUCAUCCAACAGGUCAGCUCAGCAUAAUGAUUCUAAUAAUGAGCAACUCUUGAGAGAAAACCUAGACCUUGUCGAGGAGGUUAGAGAAAUGUCUCGAAUGAGAAACAUGGCCUAUCAGAGUCGUGUUGCUAGAUUUUACAAUAAAAGGGUUCGUGUUCGUCAAUUUCAAGUCGGCAACCUGGUUUUACGCAAGGUUGAGCUCACUAAUGCUUAUUCGCACAUGGGUAAGCUCGCCCCUAAUUAGGAAGGUUCUUAUAUGGUAGUUCAAGUUAAAUGACCUGGGUCUUACUUACUAGCAGAUUCACAAGGUCAUUAAUUACCAUUUACUUGGAACAUACACAAUCUCAGGAGAUAUUAUAGUUAGUUUGUACUACAAUUAAACAUACUAAUAAGAUGUAAAGUGUAUAAAAAAAUUACUGAAUA